UGGGAUGUAUUUGGAAAUGUGACGCAAAAUAUGCAAUAUGCAAAAUAUUUUGUUUUGCAUUUACAAGUGGUUUAAAAAUAUUUCUAAAUAAAUGUCUUUUGCCUUACUAUUUACAUGUUCACAUCCUUUUAAGUAACGAAAUCCGAGUCUUUAAGUUGUAAUAUGCUGUCCAUGUAGAAUUUUUUGUUUUAAGAUAAGGUGCCAUAUUGUAGAAAGAUCUGGACAUAAGCAUAUUUUUUAAAUCUAUUGCAAAGAAAAACGUUUUAACAGCUUUGGGGGAUAUGCAGAAAAAAAGAAAUAACUGCUGCUUCUGGGAGGAAGUUGAAAAGUGCUUUUAUUUUGAAGAGUAGGUCGCCCUCUUCCUGUUGUUUCUGUUACUGGUCGUACUAGUGCAAUGUAGCAGAUUUGAUGAGCGCGGUGAGCUAGUUGGCUAACUGGGGUCCCAGGCCAUUUAACCUGAGUGACACAGAGUACUCAAUGUAAGAUGAACUCUGAGGACAAGUUGGAUGGGAUGCUGCUGAAGUGCAGCAGCGGAGGAAUCGAUGGAGGCGGGAGAGUGUGUCUGGGCGCGGGAGGAGGACUGGUGGUGAUGACCCUCGGGGAGCGAUCGCUGGCAAACCAGCCUCUUUUGGCUGAGGAUGACGAUGACGACGAUGAUGAUGAGGACUUGACUGGAAGUUCGCUGGUUACUCACGACCUCGUCCCUCCAGAACAGCUGAUGAUGCAGGAAGAGCUGACAAAGAAUGGUGGAGAAGGAUUAGAAGAGGACGGAGGAGGCGAAGUUGGAGUGCAUUUCCCCCUAAAACUCACCAAUAAGUUGCCGUUUUCACUUCAGAUGCCACUGAGCAUCAAGCAGGAGCUGAAGCUGUCUGACCCUGCAGUCCAUAUAAAGAAGGACAAAAAGGCAAUUAAGGACAUGACUGUGUACCCCAAGAAGAAAAAGAGGAAGCAGCGCUCCCCCGCAAAGAUCCUCGGCAUGAAUGAUGAUGGAUCUGUGGCUAUACCUAACCCAAAGUGUCAUGUUUGUGUUCACUGCAAUGCUGCAUUCAGAACCAAUUACCAUUUACAGAGACAUGUCUUCAUUCAUACGGGUGAGAAGCCAUUUCAGUGCAGCCAGUGUGACAUGCGUUUCAUUCAGAAGUAUCUACUGCAGAGACACGAGAAGAUCCACACUGGUGAGAAGCCUUUCCGCUGUGAUGAGUGUGGGAUGAGGUUUAUCCAGAAGUAUCACAUGGAGAGACAUAAGAGAACUCACAGUGGAGAGAAACCCUACCAGUGUGACUACUGUCACCAGUACUUCUCCAGAACAGACCGAGUUUUAAAACACAGACGAAUGUGUCAUGAAAACAGAGAGAGGAAAACAAACAAGACCGCUGGUAAAAUCGGACCUUUGCAUGACACAGAUUCUUCAGAGUCUCCCUUCCUUUCCAAAGAGUGCUCUCUACCUAAGAAAAAGCGCCAAAAAUGUUCAGAAAAGAGUUCAGGCUCUUGCAUCACGGUCCUGACAGAAGGGCACAGUUUUGCUGUCGAAGAAACAGAAGCGAAGGAAGGGCAGAGUCGGGAUAAAAUCGAAACUCCAUGUAUAUUUGCUGUAUCAUCCAAGGUCAAACAUGAAUAUGUCAUUCCUGACUACUCGGUGGAACUUCCUGAGGAAACAGCCAGCCAACAUGAAAAUGACGACGUAUCAUUAGAGGACACAACCCCUCCAAAAAUAGUCCUGAAGAAAGUCCCCAAGAGGAGCCUUAAACAGCCCAGUGAGCAAACCCCUCCCUGCUUGUCUUCCUCACUGUCCUCAUAUGAUGAAGCUGAUAAGGUAGCGCAGUACACCUUUGAAAUUGUGGAGAAGCAGGGCCUUUUAGACGUCGAGAACAACGCUGACCUGGAAUCUGUCGAAACUCUUCAAGGAGGAACGACUAAACCGGCGGCAAGUAGCACAAACUAUGACGACGCCAUGCAGUUUCUCAAAAAGAAGCGUUACCUUCACGCUGCAAUGGCCAACAACAGCCGGGACUACGGGCUCAACACAAGCGGCAUGUCCUCUCAGCCAUCUGUUACGCAAACCGUAGUGUCGACGGUCAUCGAUGAAACUGUCCCCGCCACCAUCCUGGAGCCCCAGCCCAUCAACGCAGAGAUAAAGGCAGCUCAUGAGAAAAACGUUUUCCCUGAUGAGGUUCUUCAAACACUGCUGGAGCACUACUCUACCAAAGCUAAUGGGCAAUCAGACAUUUCCUUCAGUGUUGCUGAUACAGAAGUGACUUCGAGCAUAUCUAUAAACUCCUCCGAUGUUUCGGGCAGUAGCCCCGUAGAGAGCAUUGGAUCCUCUGGCGCCCAGGCUCAACCGCCUACAGAGAAGGUCAGCCUCCUGCAGGAAUACUCCAAAUUUCUCCAACAGGCUCUGGAGAGGACCAGUCAGAACGACAGCUACUUAACGAGUCAGAGCCUCAGCUUGGUCUCUGAAAACCCCACGUUAGCCGGACAACCUUUGUUCUCUAAUGAGAAACAGUUCUCCUCACCCAGCAGGUUCAAAUCAGGGAUGAGCUCUCCGUUGAGGUCCACUUUGGAAAAGCCUCACUUCGCAUUAUUGGUUGGAGACUCCCAGCACUCGUUUUCAUUUUCAGGUGAUGAGACGACUCCGCCCUCGGCGGUGUCUCCAGCUGAUGAGGACUUCCUGGAGCAGGUCUCUCCCUCGAAGAAGUCUGACUCUACGCAGGGGAUACUGCAGACGUUCCAGAUCAACUCCUUUGAUCAGAACUUCAAGUCACAUUUCCAGGCGUCGAGAUCCGCUUCGUCCUCGCAGUUCACGGUCACCAACGGACAAGUAAGCAUCAGAGGACAUGGCGCGGACUUUUCCGAGUUCCCUUUAGUUCGAGUCACUGAGACCAGGGUUCAAUUGAACUCAUCCCCUGAUGUUUCAACCAGCGAAUCUUUUGGCUGAAGGAAAAAACAGGGAAAAAAUUUAAUUUUAGCAGCACUUUAUUUCAUCUGUCUUGUUUUGCCAAAACUAUUCACAACACAAUCACGUUUUCUUAAAGCGGUUUGAAAAAUAGUCAUAUUUUGUUAGUACUCAAACCUCUCAUAAGAUACUACUAAUAAUAAUAAUAACUCAUGAAAUCAUACUACGAUAUGAAAAGCAUUUCUCUGUUGGAAUCAAAGCGGUUCUUGUUCUGGAAUGUACACUAGGAGGUUACGUGACCAAAGUGUAAUUAUUCUGAUAUCUUUGCCGCCAGAGAGUUUAUGUUUAAUGGGAGUGUCGGUUUGCCUUGCUCGAAAAAUAAUCAACUCACUCUUGCUGCUUAAUGCAAUAUUUCCACUUUUUACACACCAAUCAGCCAUUAAAUUAUGACUUCCAAACAGCAGAUCUUUGAUGCACCAUUGAUUGUUGGGUGUUUUUUGUGGACCCUGUCCUGGAUACCUCAGAUCGCUUGUCUUCUUCUGGUGGAGGGCUAUUUAGCAACACACUGGUGCAACUCAAUAUUGUUAAAAUUAUAGCUGAAAAGUUAAUUGAUUUCUGUAAUUCAGUUCAAGAACUAAAACUCAAAAGUAAAUCAUUUGUGACUGAAGAAUUUUAGGCGUUUAUUUCUGUGUAGAUAUAAUUAUGGCUUACACUUCAUGAAAAUGAAAACUUGAGCUGAAAUCCAAUAUUUACAUUGCUGUUAUGACCAAUAGCCAAUUUGGCCCAGCUUUAUUUAUCAAACCGAUACCGAUGUGGCAGGAAUGGCUAAUGUUGACUCAUACUGAUGUUUCUGCUGAUUUAUCAUGAAUUAAUAAUAAUUUUGCCUGAUUUACUGUUUCAAUAUGGCAGCACCACUGGUCUUGCCUUAUGAUUUUCUUUUGACUGCACUUAUCCCUUUAGCCUGUGAACGUUGUUCUACUAAUCUUUUUCUUCCACUCAACUUUCAGAUGAACUGAAUUACUUAAAUAAAUUAACUUCUAAAUUAUCUCCUAAUUUACUGAGAUGUGCCUGUGUUUUACUGUAAGUAGAUGUAUGCUGUUACCCAUGUAAGCUUUUGGAGUACAUAAUAUUAUGGCUGAUUGCUGUAUAGCUGUAAUAAAUGUAUGCCUCUUGUUUUCUUUCUUACCUACCUCCCCUUGGUUUUUGUCAAAAAAAAAAUCUUUAUUCUAGCUCUUGAAAUAAUCACAACAGCACAAUCAUUCUUUAUGUUUAAGUCACUUUAUUCUCACCUAUCAUGGAUGUGUGUAACUAAUGGUACAGGACUGAUUGUAUGCUUGUGACCUAUUUCAUUUCCUGUUUAAAAUUAAGUCCGAUUUGGUUGGUUUGAAAUCCAAAUGUAAAAAUUCUGGUGAAAUUUGAGGAGCUCUUAGGUCAUAUGAAUUUUUUCAGACCGUAUAACAAAAAAACUAAUCUUGAUUAAAAAAGCUUUUGUCUCAGUUUAAAAAAAUGAUUUGAGCUUCACAGAGCUGCACCCAUAAAAAUGGUUGCAGGAUAAUCCUGAUGUAGGUUUCAAACUAGUUUCAGUUGGUAUUAAAUUACUUUAGGUUUGUGCUUGGUCUAUGGUCUGUUUGCACAUUCUUUCUACAAGGAAUGUAGGAUGUACAGUCACUGUCAACAGCUACCUUUAAUGAAACAUAACGAAAACAUUCGCCACGUUUAGUUGAUCAAAUAUAUUAUUCUCUUUGUGUCACUUAAAAAACUAUAGGUGUUGUUUAGCAUUGUGUUGAAGUAAAUCGGGGUUUUGGGAUUUGGCAAUUUUCUUGUACUAAACAUGUUAUACAGCUCAAGCAGACAUGAUUUGCUUGGUGUUAUGUUUUGUUCUGUGCCUUUCUGUUCCUUUUUUUAGCACUUCUUUUUACUCAUUCCUGCAAAACUUAUUUUUUGUCUCUUCACUCAGCCUAUGCUGUAAGGCUGCAAAUUUCUCUUGCACAAUAUUCGUAAAUACAUAAGCUAUCAAUUUGUUUAUUUUUUACUGUAAUUAUGAUGAACUUGGAGCUUUAUUUAAUUUUGCCUUUUAUGUUUUGUUGCUAAAGGAAACUGAAUUUAGUGUGUCUCAAACUAUUGACAAGAAAAUGCAUUUUAUUCACUGUUUUUGUAGAUUUUAUUGGUUCCACAGGUUUAGCUAGAAAUCAGUCUUUCAGGUCUUAUUGAAAACAUGCAAUUACAAAUGGGUGACUUAUUAUGAGCGUGAUCCCUUAUGUAUUCAAUCAUGCUGUUAAUUGUACAUAAAUGUGUUUUCUUGAUCAGCUGUAUGUGCUCCAUCCAGUUUGCGAUGGUUUUAAAACUCCCUCUUGUUACAUUUUCACUGACAAUCAGGGACAGAUGGCGCCACGUUAGUCAUUCAAUUCUUUUUUUUUUUUUUUUGGCCAUUUCAGUUGAUUUCUUCAAGAAUGUAUAGAAAAUAUCCUGUUGUAAAUAUGUGGUGUAUAUUUUUAUGUUCUUCAAAGUAACGUUUAUGAAAAAGGAGAAAAGGUGCAAGAGACACUUUUUGUCAGUGGAAGGCAUUGUUAGUUUUCAAGCAUUUCAUGGAUACUGCAAUAAGAUGGAUGCACUGCCACAGUCAAAUAACAAUACUACAAAAUUGUUUGUAGUUGAGAGAGACUUCCUAAAAGUUGUGCUCAACGUCAGAUAGUCAACCUGAGCAGUUAAAGUAGUUUUAGGCUGGAUAAUGACUGAAAGCUUGAGGCAGUUUUUAGUUCUUCACAAGUUACCAGUUUAGUUGUAAGCAAUCCUCAAAAGCACAGUGCAGAUGGGUUCAACUCAGUAAAUUCAAUCCUGUUCUGCUUUUGGAAAGUUCCAGUCCUUGCCAUUCAUUUCCUCCAUCAUCAACAAUAAAGUUUAGGUUUCUUUCCCUUUUGUCUACCUAUGUCUGUCUUCUGGCCAUAAGUGUCCUUGUAUAAGCUAGAAAAAAUGUGUUUUGUGUAAAAAGAUCUGUAUUAUAGAUUUUUUUAUAAAUAAUAUUUUUGAAACAUGUCAUCUAAAGCACUGAUGUGUAAAUGAUACACUCUUGCUACCAUCCUUUAGCUCUUCACUAGUUCCUGUUGAAACCUUUUCGAUUACAAAAUGGGAAUCCAAACAUUAGCAUUUUUUACUUUUUUGAAAAUAAUUGGACAGAGCAACUUCCUGCUUCCCUUUAGGGUUAAUGAGACAUUAGCUUAAUUUGCAUGGCUGUUGGGUUGGAUGAAUUUUUCUUUUCAUAUAAUGUGCAGCUUUAAUUGUAACUAAUUAAUCAGUCAAGUUAACCCAGUUAAAUUAGAACUUUGCUAAAUAUCAUGAUUUGUAGGCAAACUGAUUAAAUUGUUUUGAUUGUUGUGUGUAUUGUCCUUAUGAAUAAAAUUAUUCACAUAG